UCUUAUCUAAAAAAAAAAAAAUCACCGAGCAAGAACAAAAAAGAAGGAAAGGAAAGGAAAGAUCUGUGUAUGUAUGUAUAAUACAAUACCACCACGAGAAGCUCCGUAUCGAAACCCUAGCGAUUCCGAAUCUUGACCCCUCUCCUCCUUUUUUUCGUUUUUUUUUUUAAUUUUUUUUCGAUUAACCGGCGUGGAUCUCCGAUAACUGUGGAGAGAGAUAAUUAGAUCAUGUAUAAGGAGAGGGGAACGCGUGGAUCGAAGUCGGAGGUGGUGGUGGUGGAUCAGAAACGCGUAAACAAGGCUCACGAUAAUCAUCGAGCGUCGCAUUCCAUGUCUCACGCCGUCAACGGAAAGGGCAAGGCGGUCGCGAUUGGGAAGCAAUUGCAUGACCACAACGCUCGCCCUUCUUCCCUCUCCAAACCCACCAUUUCCGACGACACAGACAGCGAAGAAUCUGAGGUCAGUGGUUCUGAAGGGGAGGACACCUCAUGGGUAUCUUGGUUCUGCAACUUGCGUGGGAACGAGUUCUUCUGCGAAGUUGAUGAGGAUUACAUUCAGGAUGACUUUAACUUGUGUGGCCUCAACCAUCAAGUUCCUUACUACGACUAUGCCCUUGACUUGAUUUUGGAUGUUGAUUUUUCUCAGGGUGAGAGGUUUACAGAUGAGCAGAAUGAAUUGGUGGAGUCAGCUGCAGAGAUGCUAUAUGGGAUGAUUCAUGCUCGUUACAUUUUGACCAGCAAAGGCCUGGCUUCUAUGUUAGACAAAUACAAAAACUAUGACUUUGGAAGAUGCCCAAGAGUUUAUUGUUGUGGCCAACCUUGUUUACCGGUCGGUCAGUCUGACAUCCCUCGAUCAAGCACCGUAAAGAUAUAUUGCCCCAAAUGUGAAGACGUCUAUUACCCACGAUCAAAAUACCAAGGAAACAUAGAUGGAGCAUAUUUUGGGACAACGUUUCCACAUCUGUUCCUGAUGACGUACGGGCAUCUGAAGCCACAAAAGGCAGCGCAAAGCUACGUUCCAAGAGUGUUCGGGUUUAAGUUACACAAGCCGUGAAGGAAAGAAAGAAGAGGAAGCAGGUACAAAGAGUAUCAUGCGUUUUGAGAAAAGCAAGAGACUUGUGGAGACAAAAAAAAAAAGGAAGAAAAGAAUGCAUGUUUGUAUCACGAAGAUGAAACUAGUUUCUCUCUUUUGUUUUUUUUGUGUCCUUAGUUGGUUUGGACACAACAUUAAUUAGCAUAUCAUGAAUUGGUGAAGUAAAAAUCGCAUAUUAGCAUUGUCUUACCUUAUUUGUUC